AAGGCGGGCGGGUCGUGGCUGUGGCUCUCGUCACAUCUCUCAGGAUGCCGAAGGCCGAGGAGCUGGCGGUGGCGAGCGGCCCGGGGAGCAGCUCGGAGGAAGAAGAGGAAGAGAAGGGAAAGAAAAGGAAGAAAGAAAUGCCUUCGAAGUCAGAGAAACGGCCCAAAAUGGAGGCCAAGCCUUCGAGAGUGGCAGCAAAGCGCCAGGGACGGGACAGUGAAGAAGAGGGCAUGUUCCAGAUUGGGAAGCUGCGCUACGUCCGAGUGUCCUGCUUCAAGGGGAAGGUGCUGGUGGACAUCAGGGAGUUCUACACGGAUAAGGAGGGGGACAUGAAACCGGGGAGAAAAGGUUGUGCAUUCCUCACGUACUGUGCCAGAGACUCUGCUAUCAAGGCCCAGACAGCACUGCACGAACAGAAGACUUUGCCAGGGAUGGCACGUCCCAUCCAGGUGAAACCUGCAGACAGCGAGAGCCGUGGAGGUAGGGACAGGAAGCUCUUUGUGGGCAUGUUAAAUAAGCAGCAGUCUGAGGAUGACGUGCUUCGGCUCUUUGAACCAUUUGGGGUCAUUGAUGAAUGUACGGUGCUGCGUGGACCUGAUGGGAACAGCAAAGGCUGUGCUUUUGUAAAGUUCUCAUCUCACACAGAGGCUCAGGCAGCAAUCCACGCACUCCACGGCAGCCAGACAAUGCCCGGCGCUUCCUCCAGUCUAGUGGUGAAGUUUGCUGACACAGAUAAGGAGAGGACCCUCCGUCGUAUGCAGCAAAUGGUGGGGCAGCUGGGGAUAUUCACUCCAUCUCUCACCUUGCCGUUCAGCCCAUACAGCGCCUAUGCGCAGGCUCUGAUGCAGCAGCAGACGACUGUCCUGUCCACCUCCCAUGGCAGCUACCUGAGCCCCGGCGUCGCCUUCUCGCCGUGCCACAUCCAGCAGAUCGGGGCAGUCAGUCUGAACGGGCUGCCAGCAGCACCCAUCGCACAGACAUCAGGGCUGCACUCGCCGCCUCUUCUGGGAACGACAGCCAUGCCAGGGCUGGUGGCACCCAUCUCCAAUGGCUUUACUGGCGUGGUGCCCUUUCCCAACGGCCAUCCGUCCUUGGAAACAGUUUACACCAAUGGCUUUGUACCGUAUUCAGCCCAGAGCCCUUCGGUAGCAGAGACCCUGCACCCAGCCUUCACCGGCGUCCAGCAGUACGCAGCUGUGUAUCCAACCACCUCCAUCACCCCCAUCGCGCAGAGCAUCCCGCAGCCGCCGCCCGUCCUGCAGCAGCAGCAGCGUGAAGGUCCUGAAGGCUGCAACCUCUUCAUCUACCAUCUCCCUCAGGAGUUUGGAGACAAUGAGUUGAUGCAGAUGUUCCUUCCCUUUGGCAAUAUCAUCUCCUCCAAGGUGUUCAUGGAUCGUGCCACCAACCAGAGCAAGUGUUUCGGUUUUGUGAGCUUCGACAACCCAUCCAGUGCACAAACUGCCAUCCAGGCCAUGAAUGGCUUCCAGAUUGGCAUGAAACGUUUGAAGGUCCAAUUGAAACGACCCAAGGAUGCCAACCAUCCCUACUGACAGCAGCGAGCAAGCAGGAGUCACUUCUGCAGCACAGUGACUCACAGGACCAAACUUUCCCAUUCAGACACUCCUUGCCAGAGGGGUUGGAAGCGAAGGGUUUACCUCUGCAGCCGUUGUCUUCUCAGCAGGCACUGCAAACAGACCUGAACAUUUUGAGAGGAUGCUGGAUGGACAGAGAGCGAGGGAGGGCCCAUCUCCCCGCUCAGCAUCAGCACCAAGCGAGGAGAAGGAGAACUACUUACCUCCAGGGUUAGGGCACAGCAGCCGCUCCGCUCCGCUCACUCACCCACCAACCUUAGCACCAGCCUGGUUAAGGAUCGCUCUGUCUUACCCUCCUAAGGGCUUCUGCAGACCAAACUCCUGCAAUUCGGUGCCGGUUGGGCUGAAAGCACAGGAAACCUUUCCCUGCAGGACCUGCACUGCCGCCCCGCAUCUCAUUGCUGCUCGUGGUAACAGGACAGCAAAGCAGGAGGAGGAGGAGAGGGAGCGCUGAUGGAACGGCCGGGCGCUGCAGGACCCAGAGCUGCGUGCAGGCAGCGCUGGUUCCCAGCCCAGGUCGGACCUUUCCCGUUGAAUUCAGCUCUGCGGCACUUCCCCAUUGCGCACGGAUGGCAUCGGGCCGCCGUCCCCGCGGUUCCUUCUUCCCCACCGCUCCCUCCGAGGGACCCACAUCGCACAGUCCGUAUCUGCGUUCACACCUCCACACGCACUGAAGCACAGCGCGGAGCUCUG